AUGGCUUCUCCAAGGCGUUCGUGGUCGUUCCCCCUGCUUCCACCGGAGAUAAUACAAGAAAUCUUCUACAAGACUCCGGCAGAAGCUCUCGUCCGAUCAAAACCAACCUGCAAGAAAUGGCACGCUCUCAUCACCGACAAAACUUUCAUCUCCCAACACUUCCAACGCUCCCAAGAACGCUUCAUAAGAAUCUUUGAUACCGUACAAAUCAUGGAUCCAAUAACCAGCAAAAGCUCUGUUUCACCGAUCCCAAACGAGUUACUACAAUAUCCUUACAAGAUCGGUACUUUGGUUUACACACUCCUCGUUCACUGCGACGGACUCAUCCUAGUUGGCUAUCACGGUUGGAAGUACAGAGACGACGAAUCACAGAUCCCCAACGUCGCACUUUGGAACCCUGUUCUGAAAAAGGUCAGAUGGGUGGAGCCCGCGGGGUGUAUCACGAGCUCUGAUUUCUACGGGAUUGGAUACAACAGCGAUGGUUACAAGCUCGUGAGGUUUACGUGUCGUCCGUUUGUGAUCGAGGGUUACGAGGAUGCACCAGAGGUUGAGGUUUACGAGUUCAAGACGAGUUCUUGGAGAACCGUUGGUGGCAAGGUUGAUGGUGACGUGGAGAUUACGUGCAGAUGUGUGUCUGUGUUGGGUAAUAUGUAUUGGGUUGCUUAUAGAGUACAAACACCGAAAGAAGAGUUCAUUAGGGUUUUCGAUUUCACGGAUGAAACGUUCAAGGACAUAUGUUUCUGUCCUGCUGAGAAUAGUCAUUUAUCUUGUUUCAAUGGAGAUAGCUUGUCUUUGUUACAACAAGACGAAGUAUCAAGAAACAUUGAGGUUUGGGUUUCAAGCAAGUUGGGUGAUGGUGAUGUCUCGUUUAGCAAGUAUUUCAGUUUGUGUGGUCCUGUUCUUCCAGCGUUACGGGGCCGUAAUGAUGCGACUAGGUAUGUAUACGCUAAUCCUGUCUACUGCUUUGUGAAGCCUAAGAGUGUUAUUGUAUGGUGCGUGGGAGUUGAAGGAGAAGAUGAUGAGGUGUGUACUUGCUUUACUCUGUAUGAGAUUGAUGAGAAUGGGGUGAGAAAUGAGAAGGUGACGGAACGUGACUACGUGCAUGACUAUUCUGAUGCCUUGGUUUGUGGCUAUGUGUAUGUUCCAAGUAUGAUCCCUCUUCCAUGGGUAUGA